AUGGCCGCGCCGCCUCCCCGGGGAAGAGGCUCCCCUCUCACGAAGAUGGAUGAAAGUCCCCAAAGACCAGAACCGACAGCUCUGCAGACCCCGAAAAAAUUGCGUAGCGGCUCUAACGCAACGCUGCGACCAGAGGGUAGCGCCCCCAUACCGAAGAAGAAGAGAAAUCACCGCGGAGGGAAGAAGAAGCGCAGGAGGCAAUCUUUUGCAGCGUCUACGGAAGAUGGCUCUGGCAUGCCGCGAACGUCACACCACGACGACGACCAAAGCGCUGCUCGGGCAAGCUUCUAUCGGGUGCAGGGGCAGAAUCUGAGCAAUACAAGCCUCGAGAGCGAAGCUUUGUUGGACCACAGAGAGCAGCAAAGUAUGCGACCUCGCAGAGCGUCUACCAUGGGUCAAAGUGCCUUCGGCCUCCCUUCGUACGAUAGCCCAUCUUCAUACCGACAACAAUAUCAGAAUCCCUUUAUACAAUCCGAUAUCGGAGGCCGUCGGCAAAAAACGUCAAAAAAUAGUAGUGGUGACGAAGAGGAUGUGACAGACGAGAGGGCACCCUUGAUUACCGAGUCAUCAAGGUCGAAGAGCUCGGGUGCGGUUCUAGGGGGAUACGGCAGCAGCCAGCGUCGACCCUCAAGCAAGGCAUCUUCUACCAAGAAGAAGACCAUCUUCGAUAGGGCAAGCCCAUCGCUCCACAUACAAGACGAGUACAAUGUGAAUUACCCACCCUCAAUGCCUGGCAGCCCCACCCUCGAGGCCAAUCGGGACAUGAGCUUUGGAGACAUGAUGGCCAGAGACGACUUCGCUCCAUCCAGAGCGUCUCCUCGCGCAGGCCGAGACGAUUUCAGUGAGAUUGCGGUCGAUGAUUCUUCGAUGCCAGGGGGCUCUUCCGACAAGGAUAUCGGCUUCCAGGGGAGAAGACAUACUAUUGCACUAGAAGCCGAAGGGGAUGUAUGCUUUCCAGUGGAGGGCAUGUCCGAAAUGGCCGAAGAGGAUAUGGCUCAAAGACAAGGCGAGGCUUUCCGACGAGCCAACGGUCCGAGACGGAGAAGAGGCAAGUGGCCGGACUUGGCCAUGCUCGAUGAGUGGAGCAGGUUUGAGAAAGAGGGCAAGAGCGAAGGACAACGGGCCAAGAAAAUUACAGAGCCUCAACUGAUAGGAGGCCGACUGCGACCGAUCCAUAAGGGGUGGCACCGGGCCGAGGAUGAUGCCCCAUAUCGAUUCACGUACUUCAACGAAGAUUUCCAGAGCACGAUUCACAGUCAAACUAUCUCGGAAUUGGUACAGCCUGGCACCAACUUCCGGGAUCUGUUCGUCCCGGAUCCCCCGGAGCUGACCGAUAGCUCCGAUUCGGAAGAUGGCGAGGAGCGUACGCGAGAUGAUAGCUUCCUACGACACGUGGACGGGCAGAAUGGUGAUUCUAGAGCACCAACGCGGCAAGGCUCGUUGGCAGAGCGGCCAGCGUCCAGGCGUGGUGGUUCGGUAUUGGGGGAUGCCCGGCAAACUUCCGGGGGCACCUCCGGGGCUGCAACGCCCAAUGGGUUACAUAAAUCUCCGCCGUCGAAAUCGCCAAGCGGCACCCCUCUUCCCAAGGAAGAGAAGCUGAAGCGAUAUGGAGAUCGGCCGACGUGGUGGCUCGAUGUUCUCUCACCCACGGAUGAUGAAAUGAAGGUCUUAUCCAAGACUUUCGGCAUCCACCCUCUCACUGCAGAAGAUAUCAUGAUGCAAGAGGCUCGCGAGAAGGUCGAGCUGUUCCGGAACUACUACUUUGUUAAUUAUCGCUCCUUCGAGCAGGACAUGAACAAUGAGGAUUUUCUCGAACCGGUCAACAUGUAUGUUGUUGUGUUCCGAGAAGGUGUGAUCAGCUUCCACUUCUCCCUGACGCCACAUCCAGCCAAUGUCCGUCGACGGAUUCGACAACUCAGCGACUAUUUGAUCUUGUCAUCUGACUGGAUUUCGUACGCGAUCAUCGAUGAUAUCACCGAUGUAUUCGCUCCUCUCAUUCAGAGUAUCGAGGACGAAGUCGACGACAUUGACGAUGCCAUUUUGAAGCUUCACUCGCCUGCCAAUGACGAAAAGUCGCACAAGGAUAACGAUAAGAGAUCGGAGGCAGGAGACGGUACCUCCGGAGAGAGCGGCGGCGACAUGUUGCGCCGAGUUGGCGACGCCAGAAAGAAAGUCAUGGGGCUGUACAGGCUGCUCGGGAACAAGGCAGAUGUUAUCAAGGGGUUUGCGAAGCGGUGCAACGAGCACUGGGAGAUUGCCCCACGCAGUGAGAUUGGACUCUACCUGGGUGACAUUCAGGAUCACAUCAUCACCAUGACUGGAAACCUGUCUCACUACGAGAAGAUCCUCGCCCGCUCACAUGCUAAUUACUUGGCACAAAUCAACAUUCGCAUGAAUGAGCGCCAAGAGCAAACCGCCGACGUGCUCGGCAAACUCACCGUUCUCGGUACCAUCGUCCUCCCCAUGAACAUCAUCACCGGUCUCUGGGGUAUGAACGUCUGGGUGCCCGGCCAAGAGUACGAGGGUGACUUGAGCUGGUUCUUUUGGCUCACUGCGGGCUUGCUUGCCUUCGGGCUAAGCUGCUUCUUUAUCGCCAAGUGGCUGUACAAGAUUGUUUGA